AUGUGCUGCGAAAUAUCGGAAGGUAUACCGGAUAAAAAAAAACGCGAAGCACCAAAACCCGCGGCAGCGAAAGUGACGAAACCCGUAGAGGAUAAAGUGGAAGUGACAGAGAAAAUCGACAUCUACUACUUCGACCAUGGGAACUCUGCAUACUAUCGAACGACGGACUCACCGCCGAUGUUGGUGACCGAGAAAUGCGCCGAGAAAACGGACCAAGCGGCGACGCGCUUUUGGGCCGAGAUAUUCGGGACGAUACACAUCGGCACCGCGUUCGUUACCGCGUUCAUACUACAGCUACUUCGCUUCAUACUUUACAGCAUAAUCCGACCGCUGACAGUCGGAAUCCUGCAGCUGCUAGCCGACUACUUUAUAAAACCCCUAUUGUCGAUCUUGUUCAAUGCUCUGAUACAGCCUGUGCUGAUAUUGUUGUACAACAUCGCGACAUCGUUCAAAGACCUCUGCGAGCCGAUCGCCGAGGCGAUCGGGCUGUUCCUCAGGGAGAUCGCUCAUUUGUGCGCGGCGAUUCGUAUCGUCGAGGUGAAACAGGGCGCUGCCGCUCCCUCGGUUGCCUGCACUUGA